GUCUAAGCUACAGCAGGUCAACAUAUUCAGUACGGGAGGCGGGUCCUAUGUGCGGGGAAGAUGAGCUGCGGACUCUGAGUGCUGCUCACUGGUCGUGAUUUCACCGAUGCGGAGCUGAGCGGACACACAGACAUGGUGACACGUGGAUUUUUGCGGGCGAGAGGACCCACCGGCCACCGGGUGUUGGAUUAACGGAGUCGUCGCAUGGGUGUGUAUCGGCGUCCCGGACUGCAGCCGCUUUUCAUUCUCGCUCCGGGACCCGGCGAUGCGCUCUUUAAAGGAAACGGGUUUCGCAGAGACAUCCGGAAAACGCAUCCAUGCGCCACGGCUACCCCGCAUCCAGAUAUGCCUCUGACAGCACAAAGCCUGGUAUCAAGGAGCCCCGAUAAGAAACCGCACAUACAAACCGGCAUGGGUGCGUCAACGCGGUUAUUUCGCUACAUUACGCGGAUGAGGCUUCGGAGCGCAAUUGUGCAAUGAGACAAUCGGGAAUGAUCAAGUAGACUUUAUUGAUAGGCUACAGAAUCCGACAAUAUGGCUGAUCAGAGCAACAUCCAGUCCGCCGCCUCCAAGAGUAUCCGGCCCUUUAAAUCUAGCGAGGAAUACCUGUAUGCCAUGAAGGAGGAUCUGGCUGAAUGGCUGAACACCCUGUACGACCUAGAUAUCACUGCGGACACCUUCAUGGAUGGGCUGGGGACGGGCUGUGCCCUCUGUCGGCACGCCAACAACGUGAACCGAGCCGCGCAGGACUUCCAGCUGGAGUACCCGGAGGCUGCACAGUCCAUGAAGGUGCCAUCUAAAGAUGUGGUCUUUCAGUCACGCAAUGUUGUCCCUGGCUCGUUCCUGGCGCGGGAUAAUGUGUCCAAUUUCAUCAGCUGGUGCAGGCAGGAGCUCUGGAUCAAGGACGUCCUCAUGUUUGAGACCAACGACUUGGUGGAGAGAUGCAACGAGAAGAAUUUUGUGCUGUGUCUUCUGGAGGUGGCGCGACGUGGGUCCAAGUUUGGCAUGUUGGCCCCCAUGUUGAUCCAGCUGGAGGAGGAGAUCGAAGAGGAGAUCCGGGAUCAGGAGAGCCUGCGGAUCGAUGCAGGGGAGCCAGCUGAGCAGAGUCCGCCCAGCAGGUGUUUCAGUCGGAAGGAGAGCAGCCACAGUGUGGAGGAUGAGGAUGAACCUGAACCUGAGCCCUUCAUCUGGCAGCCGAAGAGAGUUUUAUGUGACAUGCGAAAUUUGGAUGAGUUGGUGCGUGAGAUUCUGGGCCGGUGUUCCUGUCCAGCUCAGUUUCCCAUGAUCAAGGUGUCGGAGGGGAAGUACAAAGUGGGAGACUCAAGUGCAUUGAUCUUCAUAAGGGUCCUUCGUACUCAUGUGAUGGUGCGUGUUGGAGGGGGCUGGGACACAUUAGAGCACUAUUUGGACAAGCAUGACCCAUGUCGUUGUGCUGCUUUUGCCCACCGCUACCACCAGGCUAAAGCCAGUGGCCAAGGUGGGGGAGGCCAUAGCAAGUCCUCGAGUGCCCACUCCUCCCGCUCCACCAGCCCAGGUCCACACUGGCGAAAUGAUGGCAUCGCACCUUACAAACCUCCUGACAGGCGCUCCUUGGAGCCCCCAUCUGCUCCAUGUGCCUCUUCCUCCUCCACGCGUUCCGGCCGCUCUCAGAACACUUCUGGCUCCACCGAGCUCGACUCCGGUGCAGCACGUACUUUACUCCCACGGCCGCCACGAGACCGCUCAGAACCCCGCCACUUUAAUCCUCUCAGGAAUAAGGAGACAAAGUUACCACUGACGAGACGUCUGUCUGGAGACAGUGACUCCUCUACAGCCUCCUCUAAAGGAGGAGGUGGAGGAGGAGGAGGAGGACGGUACUCUCUUGGUGGUUCCUCACGGCGCUCUGGUGAAGAGGUAGUCCUGCUUGUCAAUCGAAAGGAGGGGAAGCAUUUGAUCGAGAGGCCUGGAGCUCGAAAUCAGUCCCCGUCCCUGCGUCCCUCACUUCCCCGCGCACGCAGUCAGUCUCGGGAACGUCCUGCACUCGCUCCAAUACUCAAACCCAACCCACCACAAGGAUCAUCUGAUGGACCUCGAACGUCCCGCACAGAGAGGGGCCGGUCCCUCGGAAACGAGGGCCCGAGAAGGCUCCAUGCUCCACGUUCCCACAGCCAGAGUAAGUUAUCUAGCCGUACGCGGUCAAGUGAUGCCAGCCCGGGACCCGUUUCCUGUUACAGAGACCCUCAGCCCCCACCCUCAGACAGACGAGAGGACCUUAGGGCCAAACAAAUGCCCCCAUCCUCUCCCAGAUUAGGUGGUGGGUUCACCAAGCGGCAGUCGUCCUCGUGCUCUAACUCACCUAUUAAAGGGGUCCAGAACAACAACAGCAGCCCCAGCAAGAAGACAAUAACUACUCCCAGACCUCCUGCCCCUCGCUCACCCUCUGUAGGAAAAGGCAGACUACUCCCACCAGUCAGCUCAGGAGGUCGACGUUCACCACACUCAUCUCCCCGCAACUCACACCAUCAUGCUGCCCGCUCACCUCGAACAUUACAGGGCCCUCGCUCUGCUGGGCGGGGCCACCAUAGGAACUGGUCUGGCCUGGAGCGCCAGGAGCCCGAGGAGGAAGAACAGGGCCUUGGCUUCCAGAUUUUACCAACACUAGACCCCCAGAGGGAGCAGGACCUGUAUCGCAGCUUUGAGGCUGAGUUUUUGGCCAAUACACAGCAGGUUAGAGGAGUGUCUAGCAUAGCUCCAGGAGGAGCGACCCUGCAGACAGCUGGGACACAUUCAGUGCCCGCACCCACUGAUCCUAAUGUCACUGACUCCGCUUAUUCCUCUUCUAACUCCUCCACCUCCUCCCUGAAUGUGGGGGCAAAGAUAGGAACUCUGCCUGACCUCAGGGAAUCCAAGAGGACUAAUUUCCGUCACUUCCCAGUGGAGGAUCCCUUAAAUUUACUUUAUGGACAGAAUUUUGUAGGACCACACAACUUUGGUCAAGGAGAGCCUGAGCACUGGGGAGAGCGUGGAGGAGGACUCAAGAAGCUCCCAGCCAUCUCUAGUUCCAUAGAGGAGAGGGAACUUCCAUCUUCCCUGCCUGGUCUUAGAGACACAGCGUCAGACAUAUUGAUGAAUCAGGUCCCCUCACAACCUGCUUUCCACUGUACUAAUAUGAAUGGAGACCAUGGUGGUUUUCCUCCUACAGGGGGGCUGACAGGUCAGCAGGGUCAGCUUGGCUGGGGCACAGGACCUGAAGGAGAUGUUCCUCUGGAGAAUCACCAGCCAAACUUACCUUAUGACCUAGAAAAUGGUGACGGUAGUGAUGACCUCCCGCCCCCAGAGGCUUGCCCGUCACCAGUGCCCCUUCCCCCCUCUGAGGACUGCUCCUUCCAGGAUUCCUCUAGUGAAAACUCUUCCAUGUGCUUCAGCCUGAGCGAAUCCCGCUCUGAGUCCCCGCCACCAUCUUCCCCCCUGGCCAACGGGGACACAGAUGGAGAGGUGUUGAAGACUAAGAAAGGGCAAAAGAAGGGAGACAGGGUAGCCCCUAUCUCAAAGCACAAACUGAGAACCAGGAUCAGGCCUCGUAUUGACAACAGGCCAGAAAACAGCCCCUCACGUAUCCCCACGCCGGUCAGCUACAGAGAUCUACAGGCUCACGACACGCUUUCUCCAUGCCACACCCCACCAAUGUCUCCUCAAAGCUCGCACUCUACUGGUCGUCCAGCAACAUGCAAGAGCCUGCACCAGGCCUUCGCAGACAUGAUCCAUCCUCAACCACGAUCCCCAGCCAUGGGCAACAAAGAGUGCUCCUACCCUGGACAGUCAGGGAGCCUGGACACUGAAGCUUGGAUGUAGCACAAAUGACACAGGGGGUUGUUCUCAUGAACUUUGACUACUGUGUAAAAAAAACCCAACAAACGUAAGGCUGGGCUAUAGACUGUUUUCAUUGCAUGUCUAACACUCCUUCUUUUUCACUUAGUUUCUCCCCUGAAUACCUGCAGGGGGUUCACGUUGCUUUUAUUUUGCACUCAAGCCAAAAUUAUUUAUUACCAAAGGAAUGGUCUUUAAUGUUACUUUUACUGUAAUUUUAAUGUGUGCAUGGGGAUGAUUUUGCCAAUCAUAAGGUGUUUUUUUUUUUUUUUUUGCAAGACACUUUCUCAUGGUUGAUACAGAGAGAUAGAGAGAGAGCAUAUGUGCUGCCAUGUGCCCCACUGAGGGGCAUGGUAAAGUGCCAGGGAUUUAAAGCUGCAACUCUAUAAACAGUGUAAACACUAAACCUUUAGUCAGAUAGAUUGGCUCCCUCUUGUGGUUUGCCAGAGCAUCUCAGCUUGCCUUGAUAGUCAAAAUACUGUUUUGAUGUGAUAUUUUCAGUCUCUCCACAUUAGUGGUUUUCACAUAUGACUCAUUAUACUCAUAUUUACAAUAUAUUGAUAGGUAACAUAGACAAAGGUACCCCCAUCGUUCUUCUGUCUUUAUGAACAUUACAUGCACUACCAACGUCUGUACAGUUGUCUGUUGUGAUUAAUGUCUGAUUUUUCACAACAAUUGGUGUAGUUAAGAUAGAUAUUUGUUUUUGGAUGCUUAAUAUGUUACAGGUUUUCAACAUUAUGUUUAAUGCAGUAAAACAUUUUAACCAUAUUUCUACUUUAAGUGGAUUGAACCUAUACAUUUACGAGGAGCAGUGAAGGUUGUAUUACUUUGUGUCAUUGUCACUGAAACAGAAAUGUUGAGAGCUCUUCCUCUGACCAAACUGUAUUCUGGAAAAUAUACAUGUGCAAAAAGUAAAAUGCUUUGGAGAAUGAAUGUGUAAAUACAUGUUGAUGUGCUCACUGAUAGACAUGGGCAUUUUGUAUAUAAAAAGGCAUUGAAUAUACAGUUUAAUGUACAUAUUCACUGUAAUCAGUUCUGUGCUGCCUUAGCUAUGCAAUAUUGGUGGUGGAAAUGCCUUGACAAUUCCCUUUGCCUUAAGAUUUAGUCGCAGAUUAGUUUUUGAAUGUUUUCACUUGACAUCACUAAGAUCUAUUCGGUAACACUACUUGCCAUCAUUAACUGUUUAUGAUGAUAGAAAUUGGAGAGUUUGAGUGUGAAUGUGGAAAAAAUAGUGAGGAACAUUGCCAAUUUGAAUUAUAAAUUAUACUUGAUGAAGGUGUACAAAUCAUGAUAAAGAUAUAUAAUUUAUUGCCUCUGAAUCAUAUUAGUGGUUAGAAGCCAGAUAACCUACUUACCAGAUGGAUUUCAAAGACAUGGCACAAUCUGUGGUGACCUCUAGUGGCUAAUGAAAGACAAGAAAUAAGAGUCUGUUUUCCUGACACAGUACUUUUCCCUCCAUAGUGUCCAGUGCUGAUUAGAGCCAAUAAAAAUGGUAUUAUAAGGUGAAGUUUGAUGGAUGAAGAAUGAUUUUGACGUGAGUGUCUACGUGUGUGCAACAGUGCAUGAAUAAUAGAUACUGUAACUGGAUAUGUUCUCUUGUGAUGCUCUUGCACAGAGUAUUAAAGGCCAGGCUCCAGCUACUGUACUUCUGUUGUUGGUAUUUGAACAGAUGUGGACUUGUGGACUGUAAAAUAUAAUUGAAAGUGGAGAUGUAGGAAUUGUUGUGUUAGUGCCCUGCAGCCAUCUCCAAAAACAUCUUGUGAGAAAUUGGUGGCCGUUUGUUUUUGAUGGGUUUAAAAUGGGUUUUCGGUCGGUAAAAAAGAAAGAAAGAAAAAGUGGAUCACGUGUUUUUGUAGGCCGCUGUGAAUAGGCUAGGAAAAAGAAGAGUGCAUAUGUGUGUACAUACUGUAUGAGAAUAUGUACAGAGUUGGAGUGAAGAAGGGAGAGUGAUGUUGGUCUAAUUUAUUUAUUUAAGAAAUUAAUUGAGUGAGCUGUAAAUGUUCAGUGAAAUCCAAAUGAGGCAGGUCCCAACGUGUAUAAACAUCAUGCAUUUUAAAGAGUUUUAAGUUUUCUCAACAGUACACCGUAAAGAGACACAAUAAUGAGUUAGAAAUGUUUAAAACUGGUAUGAUCCUCCAGAUAAACUAAACACAUCGGGGCUGUUUUGCAAUAUUCAGAGGUACAGUAAUUUGAUUUAAUGCUGACUGCUCAUUGCCACAGAUAAUUUACGGUGUACCAGUAUUGUUGGAGCUACAUUGAUCCGAUAUGUAGCCGGUUAUCACUUUCACCUGUAUAAACAGAUGUAUUCUAGUUGUUUUAAAUGUAAAUUUGUUUUGGCUUAUUUGAAGACAUUUGCAUUUUGAUCAACUGGUCGUCUAAAAUCUGCCAGUUAUGUAAACUGUGACUUCAUAAAAACACGCCAUGAAAUUCGGUUGUCCUGACAUAAUCUUUGUCCUGCACAACUUCAUGCAAAUUUAAUGAAACUCUCUCUCUCUCGUUCUCUCAAUCCCUAAUCAGCGAAAUUUUGAAUGUUCAUGAUCAGACAAUUUCUUGUUUGCUAAUGUUAUUUUCACUAAAAACUUAAGUUAAAUGUACAGAUUGCUUGACAUUGUGGAAUUUGUAUGUAUGAAAUAGCAAUACUGCAACAUUUCACUGUUUUGUUCUGAUUUUUUGAAGUUGAAAAUGCUGUCAAGUUGUUCUUGUAAUAAAUAUUUUCCUCUGAAGUUUA